AAGGUUUUUCCAAUUUAAGCCUUGUGCGUGCCAAAUAUAAUCCUACCAAUUUUAGCAUUUAUCAAUUUACAAAUUAAUUUCUGACCUAGACAGUAUGCUUCGUUUUUAUCCACAUCCAUGCUUCAAUACUCCUCCAAAUUGCCAUCUCCUUCAACAAGAGAAAAAGGUAAUCAAUCAUAUCCUACGAGGAAGGAAGUGGCAGAGUCCGAUAAUUUGUUCCUUCAGAUCAUUUUCUUGGGUAAAAAGCAGCAGCAAGAAAGUAAGAAACGACAAUGGAACUGUUGCUGCCACUUCAAAGAAUGAUUAUCCAUCAAAUCCUAAGGAUGGUGAUAUUUGGUCAAGUUUCAAAUGGAGUUCAAUACAUCACCACUUCAAUCCCUUAUAUCAAUUUUCACGUCCUCACACUGUAAUUGGCACUAUUAUAGGAAUAACAUCGGUAUCGCUUCUUCCGGUAGAAACAAUUACCGAACUGUCUCCUACAUUUUUUAUGGGACUUCUCAAAGCACUGGUGCCAUCAGUGUUAAUGAACAUUUACGUGGUGGGAUUGAAUCAAUUGUUCGAUAUAGAAAUAGACAAGGUAAAUAAACCCUAUCUCCCACUUGCUUCUGGAAAUUUUUCAAAAGAAAUAGGCAUCACAAUAGUUUCUAUAUCCUUAUUUAUGAGUCUUGGAAUGGGAAUCAUGUUUGAGUCUCCACCAGUUGUUGCUGCCCUCCUCAUAAGUUUUGUGCUUGGAAGUGUAUAUUCUGUUGAGCUUCCGUUUAUGAGAUGGAAGAAACAAGCUUUUCUUGCUGCAACUUGUAUCCUUAUCGUUAGGGCUAUUGUUGUUCAACUCGCUUUCUUUGCACAUAUGCAGAAAUUUGUUCUUGGCAAACCAAUUGUUAUCACCAAAUCGUUAGUGUUUGCAGUUGCUUUCAUGUGUUUCUUCUCCGCUGUUAUUGCAUUAUUCAAGGACAUUCCUGAUGUGGAUGGGGACAGAGAUUUUGGGAUUCGAUCAUUCAGUGUCAGCCUUGGCCAAGAAAGAGUGUUUUGGCUUUGCGUUAACAUGCUGUUAUUGGCGUAUGGGGCUGCUGUGGCGGUAGGAGCUUCUUGUUCACUAGGCCCAAGCAAGCUUAUAACAAUGUUAGGACAUUGUACACUAGCUUUGGUUUUGUGGAUGCAAGCACAAUCUGUCGAUCUCUCCUCCAAUAAUUCUAUAACUUGUUUUUACAUGUUCAUUUGGAAGUUAUUCUACGCAGAGUAUUUUCUCAUUCCUUUUGUGCGCUGACGACAAGUAGUAUUAAUAUUUAAAGGGGGAAUUCGAAGAAGAAAAUGCGUUCUUCCACCUGGAACAACAUUGAAACUUAUCAUCAGACAAAUAUGAUAUUUUGGAUCAAAGAUACCAUCUGCUACAAUCAUAUAGUCUAGCUGUGAUAUUUAUAUUAAAUUGUUACAUUUUAAUUUUCUAAACUGAAUUCAACUUGUGUAAAAGACGGCAAGCUUAUGAUAUGAAUUAAUUGAAGUGGUGGUCAAACGACAA